AUGUGAUCCUAUUAAAGAGAAAGAAAAGAAAAUCUCGGGGGCAGGAAGUUUUCUCCCGUCGAUCGUCACUAGAAGAAGAUUUAUUCUUGCUUUUCUGUCAUUGUUUGAGGAGUUGCUGAUUAUUAUCACUUCGUUGGUGUUUUCUCUUUUGGUGAAGUAAGAGAGAAAAAACAAGGAUUCAGUAUGUCUGGUAGGAAGGAAACGGCUUUAGAUUUGGCUAAGUUUGUUGAUAAGGGCGUCCAAGUCAAGUUAACUGGUGGAAGACAAGUUAGCGGAACUUUGAAGGGAUAUGAUCAACUGUUAAAUUUGGUUCUUGAUGAAGCAAUUGAGUCUCUUAGAGAUCCUGAUGAUCCUUUGAAAACUACUGAUCAAACUAGACGUCUUGGCCUGAUAGUUUGCAGGGGAACUGCUGUGAUGCUUGUUUCGCCGACGGACGGCACAGAUGAAAUCGCCAACCCAUUUAUCCAGCCAGAAGGUGCUUAAGCUUUUAGCACUUCAUUAUAUAAUAUUGUUCAGGUGCAGACACCGGCCGGCAUUUUUACAUCUUUUGAAAUAUGAAAUUCUGUUUGGAUUUUUUCUGUGAUUCAAGAUAUGUAUAAUUCUGUGUUUUAAUGGUGGAUUUAUACUGCAUGAAAGUCAGGAGUUCUUAAGUUGCUUGAAUGAUUCUGAUUUGGCUCAAGCCAUUCUACUUUGUAUAGGUUGCUAAGCAGGCUGUAGUUAUGAGGUUGGCUUUGGUUGAUUUCUUUUUGGGAAUUUUGAAAUUAGAAAUGAUGUCUUCAAAUAUAAUUUAAUUCAGCUUGUCAAGUGACGACAUUGCUUCA